AUGGCGGAAGGUAUUGACAGAAAGGCGGAAGAGCGCAUCGAUUUUACGACUUCGAAAGAGGUGACAGUCGCACCAACCUUCGAGGACAUGCAUCUCAAGGAGAACUUACUGCGCGGAAUAUAUGCCUAUGGAUAUGAAUCGCCCUCAGCUGUCCAAUCAAGAGCCAUUGUCCAGAUUUGCAAAGGCCGCGACACUAUUGCUCAGGCACAGUCUGGUACAGGAAAAACUGCUACAUUCUCAAUAAGCAUUCUACAAGUCUUAGAGACCUCAAUCCGGGAGACCCAAGCUCUCAUACUUUCUCCUACCCGUGAACUUGCUACCCAGAUUCAGAGCGUGAUAAUGGCCCUUGGUGACUACAUGAACGUUCAAUGUCAUGCAUGCAUCGGCGGGACGAACGUUGGAGAAGAUAUCCGUAAGCUCGACUAUGGUCAACAUGUGGUUUCCGGAACGCCUGGAAGAGUGGCAGACAUGAUCCGGCGCCGCAACCUACGAACCCGGCACAUCAAAAUGCUGGUACUUGACGAGGCAGACGAGCUUUUGAAUCGAGGUUUCCGCGAACAAAUCUACGAUGUGUACCGAUAUCUCCCGCCUGCAACCCAAGUAGUGGUCGUCUCUGCUACGCUUCCGUACGAUGUCUUGGACAUGACAACGAAAUUCAUGACAGAUCCUGUUCGCAUCCUGGUCAAACGUGACGAGUUGACACUCGAAGGUCUUAAACAGUAUUUCAUCGCGGUUGAGAAAGAGGAGUGGAAAUUUGACACACUCUGUGACCUGUACGACACGCUUACCAUCACCCAGGCCGUCAUAUUUUGCAAUACACGUCGCAAGGUGGACUGGUUGACCGACAAAAUGCGCGAGGCAAACUUCACAGUCAGCAGCAUGCAUGGUGAAAUGCCACAGAAGGAACGGGACAGCAUCAUGUCUGAAUUUCGCCAGGGCAAUUCUCGAGUCUUGAUUUCCACAGACGUAUGGGCGAGAGGUAUUGACGUCCAGCAAGUCAGCCUUGUAAUCAACUACGAUCUUCCCAGCAAUCGAGAGAACUACAUUCACCGCAUUGGUCGAAGUGGACGGUUUGGCAGGAAAGGUGUAGCCAUCAACUUCGUCACAAGCGAAGAUAUUAGAAUCUUGAGAGAUAUCGAACUCUACUACUCGACACAAAUUGAUGAAAUGCCAAUGAACGUCGCGGAUCUGCUUGGCUAG